AUGUUGGUAUCAGCUGUGUUGGAUGCUCUUUUUGUCCGUCUGGAACAGCUGACCAGAAUGGAGUGGUUUGCAGCCGACACUGAAGUUAUUCACUUAGGAACUGCUGGCGAUGCCUUGUGGAUGAGCGCGAUGGAGACGGAAGAAUCCACGGCCAAGUUUGGGCGGGACAGUAACGGAAAAGAGCGCGUAGACAAUCUCUACAUUUCCCCAUCAGUGCUCCCAUUUCCCGUCACUCGCUUUGCUGAGGCCCUUAAUCGAAGCUCAGUAAAGGCAGAAGCACGGCGCAUUUCCACUUCUAAGAUACGUAGAUGGCAACCGCACUGGCAUCCAUCAGGCUUGCAAAAGGCGAUCGCCAGUGAAAGAACCUCGAUUAUUGGAAGCCCGUUUCUUCAGACGCAUGAGAGGCAUGCUGCCCUCUCUGGAUGGUUUGACGCCGAAGAUACUCCCGCGCGUCUAGCGCAUCCAUUUGAAAUUGCAAUAUGCCUUCUGUAG